CCAUUGAAUGUAUAUUGUGAUUGUUUUCAAAUAUCAGUAUAUUGUCGAUAUUGAAAGUGUUUACAUCGAAAAUGAGUGUAUCUGAGGAAUUUAAAUCGCAAAUUUUGAAAAUUAUUGAAAAUUUUGCAACUAAAAAUCUCGAAGAAUCGGAGCACGAAAAAUGGCUAACAAAAUGGGAAAUACGAGAAAUUUUGAAUGAAAUCGAAAGAGAUUAUUUGGAAGAGAAAAUAGAAACGGAUACUAUCGAUAAUGAAACAAAAGCGUCAAUUGUGGAAAUGGAAAGUCUAGAAGAUCUCUUUAAUCAAACAACCGAAAUUACUAACAGGAGCAGUUUUCUCAAUGAUCUGGAAUCAUUUAUGAAUAAAACAGAAGAAAAAUGCAGAAACAUUGAGGUUGAUGUCAAUACAACUGCUAUUAUUGAACCACCUUUGGAAUUCACUGAUGAAUUGAAUGCAACAAACACUAAAAUGCCAAUAAGUCCAAUUGUUUUACUUAAUGAUGUUGGAAGGACGGAUACAUUCGAAAUUAAAAGUCCAGGUGAUACUAAUAAUUUAUUGCCUCCCACCAUCACGGAAAAUAAGAAAAAUUUACCAGACGGCAAAACGAUACAGGAAUUCAUGAAGAAACUUGAUUAUCAUGAAAAUAAACUUUUCAAUAUUUACACAGAAUUUAAGGAAAUGAAAGGGCAAUUCCAAAAAGAUGUAAAACAAACCAAAAGUGGAUCUCAAAAUUUGAAGAAAUCACCCACACCAUCGAUAACGUAUCUCAAAAAAAGUGCAGCACUCACCAGUUCUCCAAAAUUGGGAUCAUCGGCAAGAAGAAGCAUUUCCUUUUCAUCUGUAACAGAUAGGAAAAAAUCAAGUAAUUUUAAUACAACUUCAACGCUUCUUAAUGCAAGAGAAAAAAUUCGCAGUGCAUUACAAAACAAAAAAGAUACAAAUCCAAUUCCAAGAAAUCCAAAAUACGCCAAUGUGCAAAGCACAAUUCCAAAAGCAUUUGUUCCAAAGAAAAAAUAAUUUCAAUCAAUUUAGAAUUAUUUAUAAAAAUAGUUCAAAAUAUUUCGAAACAAU